AGAAGAAGACUUGAAAAAUUGAAGGAAAAUUAUCCCUGUGUACGGAGUACAAAAAUUUGUCAAAAUCUCAGAUCAAAGCUGUUCAAGAAUCCAAUUCCUUUUGAAGUCAAUCACCUGAAGAUCUUCAGGCGUCGAAAUUUAGCGAUCCGAACCGGAUUGAAUUCAGAAACCGUUGUAGUUCUUCAUUUCGUUGAAUGCUUGAUAAAGUAUAAUGAAAUUCUGAGUUUGUUUAUUAGUGCUGAUAUAUGCAACUAGAACCCAUUUAUUUCAUAUGCAGUGCUCUGAAAGUUGCAGUUUGUAGUUUGUAGAACCCAUUUAUUUCAUAUGCAGUGCUCUGAAAGUUGCAGUUUGUAGUUUGUAGAACUUUGAGCACUUAUAAGCCAUGGUAAAAGACACUGUAUACUAUGAUAUCUUGGGGGUCAGCAUAGAUGCCACUCCUGCAGACAUCAAGAAAGCUUACUACAUCAAGGCAAGGGUAGUGCACCCAGAUAAAAACCAUGGGGAUCCGCAAGCUGCUCAAAAGUUUCAGGUGCUUGGAGAGGCAUAUCAGGUCCUGAGUGAUCCAAACAAGCGUGAAACCUAUGACAAAUAUGGGAAAGAGGGAGUUCAACAGGACACAAUGGUUGACCCUGCAGCAGUUUUUGGAAUGCUAUUUGGGAGUGAUAUCUUUGAAGAUUAUGUAGGGCAACUUUUAUUGGCUUCUUUGUCAGUUGUUGAAGUUGAAGAGGAAUCUACUACUCCUGAAAUUCGUAAUAAGAAUGUUCAGGAAAAAUUAAAGGCUUUACAGAAGGAAAGAGAAGAGAAGCUUGUAGCAAACUUGAAGAAUCAUCUUCAACCAUAUGUCGAAGGUCGUGACGACGAAUUUUUAAGUUGGACCAAAUCAGAAGCAAGCCGUCUUUCAGAAGCUGCAUUUGGGGAGGCUAUGCUUCAUACAAUUGGUUAUAUCUACACAAGGCAAGCUGCUAAAGAAAUUGGGAAGGACAUACGUUUCAUGAAGAUGCCGUUUUUAGCUGAAUGGGUACGAGAUAAAGGUCACCGCAUAAAGUCCCAAGUUGGUGCUGCUUCAGGUGCCAUCUCUUUGCUUCAAAUACAAGAGGAGAUGAAGAGGUCGGCUGGGGGAGAGAGUAAUGAAGAAAGUGUGAUCAAGGCUCUGGAGGAGAAGAAAGAUGUGAUGCUUAAUUCCCUGUGGCAGAUUAAUGUUGUUGAUAUUGAAACUACCUUGUCCCACGUUUGUCAAGCAGUCCUUAGAGAUUCGAGUGCUACAAAGGAUGUUCUCAAGAUGCGCGCCAAGGCAAUGAAGAAGUUGGGAACAAUUUUUCAAGGUGCAAAGGCAAAUUAUUCAAGAGAAAGCAGCUUGCGCCAUGAAAGCAUCAAAAUCGUCCUAGAUGGCCGAGGUGGCUCAUCAUCGACGAAGUGAGCUAAGGGUAAUCUUCUUUCAAUUCAUAUCGUGUUAAUAUUUGGUUGUGGGCUAAUGGCACAUGCGAGCUUGGUGCACAUAGCUUUUUAAAUGGUUCAUAUAUUGUUUUGUAUGCACAACGCGACAUGCAUGCGCACGUACCAUUGGUGGUGAUUCAUUGUUUUUUCGCGAUGUAGCCGUGGUCUAUAU